UGCCACCUGUCAGUGUCCAUCAAUGCCACCUGUCAGUGCUCAUCAAGGCCACCUGCCAGUGCCCAUCAGUGCCACAUCAAUGCCACAUAACAGUGCUUACCAGUGCACAUCAAUGCCACAUAUCAGUGCCCAUCUGAGCUGCCUUUCAGUUUCACCUAUCAGUGCCAGUCAGUGCCACCUAUCAAUGCCAUGCCACAUAUCAGUGCCAGUCAGUGCCGCCUAGCAGUGCAAGUCAGUGCCGCCUAACAGUGCCAGUCAGUGCCGCCUAACAGUGCCAGUCAUUGCUGCCUAUCAGUGCCACCUAUCAGUGCUGCCUAUCAGUGCCAUAUAUGAGUGCUGCCUUUCAGUGCCCAUCAGUGAUGCCUGUCAAUGCCCAUCAGUGCCACCUACCAGUGCCUCCUCAUCAGUGCCCAUCAGUGCAGCCUAUCAGUGCCCAUCACUGCAGCCUCAUUAG